AUGGUUGACACUUUGCAAGCCAUCAACACUGCUUUGCUGGUAGUCUGCGUCGCAGCCAUAGUUAGUAACAUCCUUGCCGUGGUGCUAUUUGCAUCCACCAAGCAGCUCCGCAUCAAGUACUACGGUUUCGCUUUCAACCUCGUGCUCGGCGACAUUGCGGCUCCGACCUUCAUCUUUCUGCACAAGGUCACAGUGUAUUUCCAGGUCCCUGUGGUGCAGUCGUUGGUGCGCACGUCCCUGUGUGCCGUUGAGUUGAGCAUCCUAGCGAUUGCUGUGAAUCGACUCCUAGCUCUGACCAUCACGCCCCCAGCUCGCUAUGAUGCCAUGGUGACACGCGGUCGCAUGCUGGCAGCUUGCCUGCUGAUUUGGGUCAUCUCUGCCGCCCUCUAUGUCCCCACCACUCAGGUACACACCCCGCUGGUGACCCGGAUGCUGCGACCGUCGAUCGCGCUGGUCAUCCUGCUUAUCACCGCUGUAUUUUACUGCGCCGUGUUCCGUCAAAUCGCCCGGUACACUCCACCGCUCGCAUCCACCACAGGCGUCCGGGCCGACGACGCUGUGGCCCGUGCGCGCCUCAGCCAGACGCGUCGAUUGAUGAUCACCUUCGCUAUUAUCUUAGUCACGUGCUUCGCUUGUUGGAUCCCGUACUGCAUCGCCAACUUCAUGCUUUACGUCAGUCGCAAGAGAUAUUCCGUUCAGCCCCAAAGCCUCAAGGUUUUCUACCAGCUCUCCGUCCUCCUACUGAUGCUCAACUCUCUCAUUAACCCAUUCAUCUACUGGUGGCGUAUCCGAGAAUUCCGUGACGGCAUGUACCGUUGGGUCUGCCUUGGUAGGGGCAAUGCUGAUCCUGAGAACGAUAUGGUUACUAUGCACACCUUCUGA